ACCAUCAAGUUCGCUGACUUGUGCGAGUUUGGUUGGCUUACAGACAACAAGUAUCUAUCUGACGAGCUCACAUCAAAUUCUGAUGACGAAAAGAAAAUGUUUCAAGAAGAGAGGAGAGCGGAGAGAAAAGCGGUCAAGGAUAAGUGUCGUCAGUAGCAACGAGCCGGUUCUUCUCGGCUAAGGUCAUCCAGUUAUCAGUCAAGAGCUUCUGUCCCUCCAAGUUCUUCCAAUUCGUUGGUAGGCUAUCACCCAAUGUGUAAGGAUUUUGGUAACUUCUGUGGUUUAGGUCCCUGUCAAGAUGAGGAUCAUAUUUAUUUUUCCUUCCGUUUGAAUCUGCCACCACAUCUUAACUAG